AUGAAUAACCAGUCAAGAGAGAUAGAGUUCAUUCUUUUAGGACUGACUGAUGACCCACAUUUGCAAAUUGUGAUCUUUAUAUUUCUCUUUCUAAACUAUAUGCUGAGUGUCCUAGGAAACUUAACCAUCAUCCUCCUUACCUUGCUGGAUCCUCGCCUCAAAACUCCUAUGUACUUCUUUCUUAGAAACUUCUCCUUCUUGGAAGUUUCUUUGACAACAAUAUGUAUUCCCAGAUUUCUUAUAACCAUUGUGACGAAAAACAAAAUCAUUUCCUAUAAUGGUUGUGCAUCUCAGUUAUUCUUUUUUCUCUUGUUAGGAGUAACAGAAUUUUACCUACUGGCUGCUAUGUCUUUUGACCGUUAUGUAGCCAUCUGCAAACCUUUGCAUUACUCCAUCAUUAUGAGCAACAAAGUAUGCUACCAACUUGUGCUAAGUUCAUGGACAGCUGGAUUUCUGAUUACCUUUCCACCAUUGGUCAUGGGAUUGAAACUUGAAUUCUGUGCCUCCAAAGUAAUUGAUCAUUUUAUAUGUGACACUUCUCCUAUUUUACAGAUUUCAUGCACAGACACACAUUUACUAGAGUUAAUUUCUUUUGUCUCAGCUGUCAUAACACUUGUAGUUACAUUACUGUUGGUAAUCCUUUCCUAUACACACAUUAUUAGGACCAUUCUAAAAAUGCCCUCUGCUCAAAAUAGAAAAAAGGCUUUUUCCACUUGUUCUUCACAUAUGAUUGUCGUCUCCCUUACUUAUGGCAGCUGUAUAUUUAUCUACAUGAAGCCAUCAGCAAAAGAAAGAGUAACUAUAUCUAAAGGUGUAGCUGUUAUCUACACUUCAGUUGCCCCUUUAUUAAAUCCUUUUAUUUAUACUCUAAGAAACCAGCAAGUUAAACAAGCCUUCAAGAAUAUACUCUGUAAGAUUUUCUCUUUUUUCAAAAAAUAA